CUGGGAAAGAAAGAGAGAGGGAGAGGGGAAGGGAGAAUGCUAAUAGAAAGGAGUAAUCAAAGGUGGCCGGCCCAUUGUCCUCUGUAACCCCAUCAAUUUACUUUAAUUUCGAAUUCAGCUUCUUUUUCCACUUUCUAGCAAUGGCGAACAAGAAGAAGAAGACGACGAACUCACCCAAAUCAGAGCAAAUUGAUAACCUACCAUAUUAUUAUUCUCAAAAGCCCAGAAGCUCACCACCCAAACGCCGCUCCGACUUCUCCUCCUUCUUCUAUUCCGCUCCUCUCUCCAAUUCAGGUUCCUUACCGGGGUCAUCCUGUGGUGAAGUUGGAUUGUCCAAUGUCACCAUGAAUAGCUUGCACGACAGAAAUGCUGAAGGAAAACAGUUGCCUGAGCAUCCUCUGGUUCAAUGCUGCAAGUUCCAGGAUACAGAACUACGAUUCUCCUCGGAUUUCUCUGAAACCCUGAUCGUAGAAGUUGAAACAGUAGCACAGAAUGAACUUUUUGACACCUUGAGUGAAAGAAACGUUGGUGAACAAACAAGUGAUACUGCAAGGUCGGUAGAAUGCACCCCUUCGAAAUCGCAUGCUACAGAAAGCAAUGGUUUUUGCAUAACACCAGGAAGUGUUGUGUGGGCUAAAACAGCUAGCCACAUGUGGUGGCCUGCUAAGAUCACAGAUCGAAGAUACAAUUCAGCUGACACAAGGAACCAAGAUACUGGUGGACAUGUUCUAGUAGAAUUUUAUGGAAGCAAUGACAUCGCUUGGCUUGAUCCUGCCAGAGAUCUUUCCCAACUUGAGGAUUGCUUUGAAGAAAGGAGCUGUAACCCUAUGGAAGAUUUUCAAGACGCUUUAAAACAAGCCUUACUAGAGAAGGGAUGUUUAAGUUCAUGUGGAGAGUUGUUUAAGAGCCCUGAUGAUCUUAAUGACUCAGAUCAGCAAUAUCAUUCAUCUGAAAAAUGGACUUCAUCAAUUUCAAGCAGAGCUGAGGAUGAUUUCCUUGAAAGAGGGAGGGGCAAGAGGGAGCGAAAGCGUAAGCUACAUUUUGAUGAGGUAACAUUUCCACUGAUGUCAGCCAAGAAAGUUCGGCGGUUCAGGAUAAUGAGGUACCUUGGCCUUAGCGCUCCAAUUGGUUCUCCUUUUUUUAUCAACUAAACACCCCCCCCCCCCAAAUAAUGUAGCUUUGGUAAUAUUUGAUCUACCUUCUCACUCACUCACUCACUCACUCGGCAUUGUAGUUUUUGUUGCGAGGUUCUUAAGGUCUCUUAUUUAAUGACACUUCCAUCUGUAAAGAAAAUCUUUAUCAUUUGAAUGAUAUAACUAUCUCUAAUCUUA